UCGACUGGAGUCGUUUCGGAAUUUGGAGUUACUGCGAUUGCGAAUCAUUUUACACUUCUCAAACUUUUUUCGGUUGUUAAGCUGCACGAGAAGUAAAUAUCCAAGAUAAAGUUUGAUAUCCAAUAUGCCCGAGCCUGGUCCAGAACCAGGAGAGGGGGCGGGGGAAGUUAUUACUAACGGUAAAGAUGAAAACGCUCCAGAAAAUAUAGAAAAUCAGGAAGAUAAUCUUCUCGAUAUCAGAGCGUCACCUACCGCAAGACCACAAAGCAGAGGCAGUGUAUCACCAACUCGAAAGACAAUAAGUCGAAUCAGCAGCGCACAUUCGACACAAUUUGCUCGUCCUCGCAGUGGUUCGUCUCAAGGAUCUGUUGAGAUACGUGAUGACAAAGAUGACGAUGCUGCAAGUGAUGGCGGAUACGACACAGAUCUAGAAAUUGAAGCGAAUCGUGAAGAGUAUGAUACAACUGGAAAAACAACUUAUAAAGAAGCCUGUAAACAAUUUGGUGUUAUCCCGGUGUCUUAUUUCUUGCGUCAUAUGCAAGAUACAGAACUUAUCAUGAGACAUCAUGGACUUGGUCCUGCAGGAGGAAAAGCUAUUGCUGUGUCACUUGUGUCCAAUACAAGAAUUUUGAAAUUGGAUCUCUCUGACAACUGGCUAAGUGGAAAAGGUGGUGCAGCUAUUGCUGAUAUGCUGGAAGAAAAUUGUUAUAUAACGGAACUGAUUCUUUCUGAUAACAAGCUCGGGUACGAUGGAGCAAAAGCAAUUUGUGCAAUGUUGCAAAAGAAUGACAACAUUAAUCGAGUCAACAUAUCUGGGAAUGAAUUCGCAAGCAAAGCGGCAGAACCUAUUGCCGAAUUGUUAAUGUCGAAUACGCAAAAAGUCGAGUUCCUGAAUCUCAGUGAAAAUCAUUUCGAUGAGCCAUCUGGGGAAAUUCUUGGACCAGCUAUUGCAGAAAACACAUCUAUCAAAGAAAUUAAUUUGAGUUGGAAUUAUUUCAGAAGAGGAGGUGCUGUUGCAAUGGCUAAAGGAAUUGGGGCAAACAUCUUCUUAAAAUCUGUGAAUAUUUCAUGGAAUGGAAUGGGAUUGGAAGGUGCCACCACGCUUGGUGAAGCACUGAAAACAAACAAUGUUUUGGAAGAAUUGGAUGUUAGCAAUAACAGGAUUUCUACUGAGGGUGCAAUACUUCUGGCAAAAGGAUUGCUGGUAAAUGAUACAUUGAGAAUUCUCCACAUUGGGAAAAAUCCGAUGCAAUCUGCUGGAGCAUUUGGUAUAUUGACUGCACUGAAAGAAAACUCUGGAUCUGCCAUUGAACACUUGGGUUUUACUGAUAUUGUGGUGAACAAAGACUUUGUAGAUCUGGAAAAGGAAGUCAAAGAAAACAGACCAAAAUUAGUAAUCAUCCAUGGCGGUGCUGAAUCUGAGAAAAAGAAACCAAAAGCUAGGCCCGACCCAAUGACAAAGAUUCGCAAAUAUGUUGAAGAAAACAACAUGAGACUUGUUGAUUUUUUCAAUUCUUUUGAUGAAGACAGUAGUAUGAGCAUCACCAGAGAAGAAUUACAGAGAGGAGUUGAACAAGCUGGUAUUAUGCUGACGCAAGAUGAAAUGAAACAACUUUUAGAACUCCUUGAUAAGGAUGGUGAUGGUGAAAUCAACUACAGGCAAUCGGGAGAUACCAGUCCUUUCAAAAAUAGUGUCUUUCUGUAUGUCAGUAUCUGCCUGUACAAACCCUUAUUUAGAAUUGGAAAAUACCUACCGUAUUUCACAGACCAUACAGCGCACCAUCAAUAAAUUGCCCAGAUAGGGAUUCAAUCCACACAUAAAGAACACCAGGCUAUAAAACAAAACCGGUACUGUAGUGUAGGCAAUGGAGCAUAAAGCACUGCGAUAUAUA